GCCGUGACAUGCCGGAUAAAAAUACACCAGAAAGUGGGGUUGACAUUCGCUCCACCUCGGAUGUGUUAGCCUACUGACGGCAUGGCGCAUGAUAUCUUUGUAUAGCUUUGCUCUUUUGGGCUACUAAGCGCGGCGCUAUAUAAUCCCAAGUGUGCCAAUAGGAGUAAGGCUGCUUUUCGCCUCUUCCCGUCUUGCGCGCCUACGACUGAGAUGUCGACAUCCCCGUCCUCGAACGAAAAAUCUCCCGUGGAAGAGCGCCCACAACAUGCUCCCCACCAUUCGUCACAUAUGGACGCGGAGACAAGAGCAAUUGCUAACGCCGAUGCCAAGUUGUCAAACCCCUUGCGCGGCAUACCUCAUGAUCGUCUUAUGAUGGAUGUCGAGAUUUUUGCCCAGGAGAGAGGGCUGACCCAUCUGCUGCCUGAGCUUAAGAAAGGGGCGCUUGUUGCUCAGGAUUCCACGUGUCAUGAUCGUCUAGACAUAUUUUCAGAUGAAGACAAACGAAUUUUAACGGAAGAGGUUACCCACAGGUGGCGACAAACGCCCAUGCUGUAUUACAUGGUCGUGAUGUCAUCACUUGCAGCCGCUGUUCAGGGAAUGGACGAGGCUGUUAUCAAUGGCGCUCAAAUCAUUUAUCCCAAGCAGUUCGGCAUUGGUUCCGGCAGUAAACGCGAUUCAUGGUUGAUCGGUCUCGUCAACUCUGCGCCCUACUUAUGCUGUGCCACCAUUUCUUGUUGGAUGACGCAUCCGCUCAACCACUAUCUUGGGCGUAAAAAGACCAUUUUCAUCACUUGCAUGAUCUCGUUCUUGACAUGUAUCUGGUCUGGACUGACAAAUACCUGGUGGCACCUUUUCAUCGCACGGUUCUUCCUUGGUUUUGGAAUUGGUCCUAAAUCUGCCACUGUCCCAGUGUAUACCGCCGAAUGUUCACCUGCACCAAUACGUGGUGCUCUCGUCAUGAUGUGGCAGAUGUGGACUGCUUUCGGCAUUGCUCUGGGAGACCUUAUCGACUUAACGUUCUACUUCAUUCCGGACACCCCCGGUGUGACUGGUCUGAACUGGCGUCUCAUGCUAGGUUCUGCUGGUAUCCCCGGUCUUAUUGUCUGUAUGCAAGUCUUAUUUGCACCCGAGUCACCUCGUUGGUUGAUCUCCAAGGGUCGCUACGAGGAUGCUUUCAAUGAGCUUUGUCGGCUUCGUUUCUCGCGCGUUCAGGCUGCUCGUGAUUUGUACUACAUUCACGUGUUGCUUGAGGCGGAGAACGAGAUGAAGAAGGGUCGCAACCGUGUUAUUGAGAUGUUCACGAUUCCGCGUAACAGGAAUGCUGCCCUUGCUAGUUGGGUUGUCAUGUUCGGUCAGCAGUUUUGCGGCGUCAAUGUCAUCGCUUACUACUCGUCCACCAUCUUCCUGGAUUCUGGUUUCUCACAGGUUGCGGCAUUGGCUUCCUCCCUUGGGUUUGGUGCACUUAACUGGGUUUUCGCCCUCCCUGCUGUUUUCACUAUCGACACUUACGGCCGGAGGAACUUGCUUUUGUUCACGUUUCCCUGUAUGGCCAUCUGUCUUUUAAUCACGGGCUUCUCCUUCUGGAGUACUUCGGAAACAGGGCGUGUAGCUGGCGUUAGUAUCGGAAUAUACCUCUUUGCGAUCUUCUAUUCUCCAGGCGAAGGUCCAGUGCCGUUCACGUACUCCGCAGAGGCAUUCCCUCUUUAUAUCCGUGAUCUCGGCAUGUCCUUCGCCACUGCGACCACUUGGUUCUGGAACUUCAUUCUGUCAAUCACUUGGCCUUCGCUCGUCUUGGCCUUCAAACCACAAGGUGCCUUCGGCUGGUACGCAGCAUGGUGCUGUAUUCUCUGGGUGCUCAUCUUGCUAUUCGUGCGCGAGACGAAAGGCAAGACCCUGGAGGAGCUCGACCAAAUUUUCGCUGUCCCCCUUGGCGCGCACGCUGCGUACGGCCUGAGGCAGAUACCCUACGGCAUCAAGAAAUUCGUAUUGUUCCAAAACCCUGUCCCUGAGCAACUUUAUGAGUUCGAGACCGAGAGUGAAGUGUCGAGCACCGCAGGCGACGAGAAGGCAAGGAGGGAGGUGAAGGACGAUCCGGAGAGGGCAAAUGUCUGAUGAGUUGAGCUGUGAUGUGAUUAUGGCCGACGCUUCGCUUGAUCUUUAUCUAAGAGGGAUGUAUUUGAAGGAUUUAUUCACAUGCUAUCUAUCGUUGCCGAUAUCACUUGCACAUGUAUUGCUAUCUGAUAUUUUAAUAUAAGCUUCUUGAUGCUCA